UGUCAACCACACCACACCACACCCACCCAAAAAAAAAAGAACACACUCCCAACGAACCAAGACAAUGUCUGCUGCUGCUGCUGGAGACGACGGUAACGGCGGUUUCAACGCUGGGAACUACCAUACCGGUAAUUUCUGUGGAGGUGGUGGUGGUGGUGACGACAAUGAUCGUGGCGGACGCGGUCAUAACAACAACAACAACAACAACAACAACAAGAACAACAAGAACAACAAGAGCCGCAGGCGCCGCAACCAGCGCGGUAACAACAGCAACAACCACAACGACAACGCUCGUGACGGCUACGGCGGUCGCGGCGGUCGCAGUGGUCAUGGCGGCUAUGGCGGCCACAAAGACGGGCACGCUGGCCAGAACCACCCGUCCAAGGGACCUCAGGGUGUUGGAAAGAGCCAGCCUAGCAAAGCUCGCAAGGCGCUCGCUGGCACUGGCCUGCCAGACAGCAUGGUGUCGGCGCUGAUGCCAAAGCAGGAUGGCCAGCAGCAGGCUCUGACCAGGGCGGCUGCACCACCUGCCAUGACCCAUCUAACUGGCACGCACCAGUUGGAAAGCUUUUUGGCCAACAACGCCAAUCCUUCGCACUUCUCGGUGCCGCUUGAUGAUGGUUCUUUGUUUGCUGUCGGCCACCCAUCCCAAGUGCUGCAGCAAGUGGCGGCGGUCGGUGCUGCGGUCGCAAAUGACCCCUUUGCCGAGCAGUACGUCAACACGGGUGUUCUUCCUCCUAGGAAGCCCAAGGCCAAGGCGGGCACCACAACGCCAUGGACCUGGAUGAUGCUCCGGCUCCCCCCAAUGCUCCUGUUGCCCCGGCUGGUCCUGUUGCCCCGGCUGGUCCUGUUGCACCGGCUGGCCAUGUUGCCCCGGCUGGUCCUGUUGCACCGGCUGGCCAUACUUGUUUUUGUGCAACCCUUUUGAUGUUCUGCGGUGAUGUCGUGAUUGAACGCCUGUG